AAGCUCCCUUUGUCACUUGCAAUUUCAGAAUCUUUCAACAUUUGGCUACAAAUUUCUUAAGUCUUUCAAAUGGGUUUCUAUCAGUUAGCCAAAACAAUCCCUCUUGUCAUUGUACUUAUUCACCUAAGCCUAGCUAAUGUUUGCUUUGGAGCAAGAAAGCUAACCUCUCUAUACCAGGCACCAACCAUGGCCUUGAGUUACCACCAGGGGGCAUUGCUUGAUGGAAAUCUUCCUGUCUCCAUUCUUUGGUAUGGUGAAUUCUCACCAGCUCAGAAAUCCAUCAUUGCUGAUUUUCUGCUCUCUCUCAAUCCACAAAAGGAAAACUUGGGUCCCUCCUCUGUAAAACCCCUAGUCUCUCAUUGGUGGAACACUAUCCAAACAUACAUGAAAAAAGCUGGCAAAAAGGAUACCAGUAUUGUCUUGGCAAACCAAGUCACUGAUAGGAACUGCUCCCUUGGCAAAAUUCUGAAAAAGUCCCAAAUUUCCAGGUUGGCUAGGCGAGUCCACUCCAAACCUGGUGGAUUAACUAUAGUCCUUACAGCCAAAGACGUGUCUGUCGAAGCCUUUUGCAUGAGUAACUGCGGGUUUCACAGCUCAAACGCCAAGGUAAAAUCCGUCUUUAUCUGGGUUGGAAACUCUGUGACUCAAUGCCCAGGCCAAUGCGCGUGGCCAUUCCAUCAGCCUAUUUACGGACCCCAAACUGCGCCACUUGGUGCACCCAAUGGAGACGUGGGUGUAGAUGGCAUGAUCAUAAACAUAGCUAGUCUGUUGGCAGGGACCGUGACGAAUCCUUUUGGAAAUGGCUAUUUCCUGGGCUCAGCUGGCGCUGAGCUUGAGGUUGCAUCGGCUUGCCCUGGAGUGUACGGUAAAGGGGCGUACCCUGGUUAUGCUGGAGAGCUUUUAAUGGAUCGAACCACCGGUGCUAGCUACAAUGCACAAGGUGUCAAUGGAAGAAAGUACUUGUUACCAGCCUUGUUUGACCCUCUUACUUGUCAAUGUUCAACACUUGUGUGAGGGAGAUUUUAGUUUAUAUUGUGUAUUAAUCUGCUGUUAUAUUUGUAAAUAAAUUUAUUACUGUUAAUUGUUAUUAUUU